GAUCCUUCAUGAACACGACUGAAGGAGUUUCUGCCUAUUAGUUUCAUUUUUGUACCACCUUUCGUCACUCAGUGCGUUCUAGCGCUCCCUACUUCGACUAGGCCAUCCCAGAGCCAUAGUCUCGGGAUUUCUUUUGGUACAAGAUGGCUGAAGACCCAGACGCCGAGUUUUAUGAAACGAUCGAGAUACAUAACAGACAGUUUCAACGUUACUCCAUUGAAAAACAGAUCUAUUUUGUGCCUGUUGACGAUGAGGAGGAAGCCCGUCUAGAUAAUCAGCACAAGUUGUUCUUCUAUGUCUUCUCUUCGAGGCAUUUUGAGCCAGACAUUGGAUCCCCGCGCCGCAUUUUAGAUUGUGGCUAUGGGCUGGGAACGUGGGCCGUCCAGAUGGCGGAAGAUUAUCCUGAUGCCCAAGUCGUUGCCUACGAUAUCCAUCCUGUCGACCAUCUGUCGGACGGCCCGGAGAAUCUCACUGCGGAGAUUUGUGACCUCAACGAGCGUUUGAUGCUCUCUAGAGACGAGGAACCCUUUGACUUUAUCCAUUCCCGCUGUGUCGGAGGGGGCAUUAGAAAGAGCAGGUGGGACAGCUAUAUCCGCGAUCUUAGAGCCAUGCUGAGACCCGGCGGCUACGUUCAACUGGCUGAAUACUAUCUUCUAUUUCAAUCCGACAACGGAAAAUUGGACACAACGAACCCUGGCUUGUACAGAUGGAGCCAGAUGUACUUUCGCGUUAUGGAAUCAUAUUACGACAGAGACCCUCGAAUCGGUCGCAAACUGGCGGACAAACUCCGCAGCCAGCGCUUUCGCCACGUCCGCUCGAAGCAAUAUAAGAUACCCAUUGGGCCGUGGCAUGAAGAUGCUCUAAUGAGGAGUAUCGGCCAGGAGAAUAUAGCGAAUAUUGAUCAACUACUUGAUUCGCACUCUAUAUAUCCGUUUACGAAUGCGGGACCGGACAGUUGGACAGCACGAGACGUCGAAAACAACAAGGCAUGGGCAGUGCGCGAGAUUAACGACCCUGGCUUAAAACUAUACGUGGUCUUAUAUGUAGCCUGGGGCCAGCGUUAGCGGUCAAUUCGUGGUCGGAGUUCUCGCAGGCAUUAACAGUGGUACCGCUACAGAUGAAAUUAAGGCUUCAUUUGAGUCAGAAGUUGGUCGACUCAGAUGUAGGCGAGGAUACGAGAGGGCAUUGCAGAUCUUUGGAACAGCUUAGGUAUUGAGACAGUUUCUUGCAUAUUGUAGACAUUUCAUAGCUGAAUGGGUAACAAUCAUUCCCACCUCGGAGAUGCUUGAUUCGACAUCGGAAUGUGUUCUCAUCACAUCUCAUUUAUGCAACGUUUCUCUCGGCCCUUGGCUGG